AUGGCACGCCAUCGCCGCGGAGCACGACGGCGGGCGCUAGCAGUCUUAUCCAGCGCAAGCGCGCUGCAGUGCCCGCAGCCGCCGCGGCGCCGGACGGUCCGUUUCAGCGACGCCACGCCGCCCGAGGCCGAGACGGUCGUCGAAGAGGCGGUGGUAGAGCCGCAGAUGGUCGCGGCGCCCGUCGAGACGCCGGAGGAGCGCGCGGCGCGCGACGAAGAUGGCCCUUUGAAGGAGUUCGACUGGGACGCCCACCUCGCGAGGAUCGAAGCGGACGACGAGGAGGCACGAGCGGCGGCCGCGGAGGAGGAGCGCCAGGCCUUAGCCGGUGGUGAUGAAUACCUGGCGGACGAUCUCGACCAACUCCAGCCCGAACCGGUCGUCGACGACGAGCCCGAGUUCCUCAAGCCGAGGUGGGACGAGGUCGAUCCCGCCGAUGUCGACUUCCGAAACCCGCCCGCGUCGCGCGGCGCGACGUGGUCGCGCAUCCACAUAAAGUCGGACUGGUGGCAGUUCGAGGACGGCGAAAGGCUGAAGACCGAGGAGGGCUGGGAGCGGUUUGAUCAUCGGGGCUACUCCGUGCCCGAGGGUCUUUUUGAACCUACGUUGGAGUUUACGUACGGGAAGUUGGAUCUGGACGUGGUGGAGCGCAUCAGACCGGCCAUGGACAUCCUGUCGGGCUGUUCUUUAUUGGAGGCGGCCGAUGGUAUUGUUAGAAUCAAGUACAUGGGCCCCGCGCGGAACCGCGUCGGCGUCGAGGCCUACGCCACUGGUUUAGUGGGGGACCUGUACCCGGAGAUGACCUCUCUAAAGUUCGAGGCGCGCUUCGUGUCGGACUACCUUGAUGGAAGUAGUGCGCAUGCGAUGGACGGGUGGCGGCAGUAGGUCCGGCGCGUGUCUAACUGAACUUGAAGUUAUAGUCUACUUGUUUUUGCCUCUUGCGUCGCCGCGAUGGCGUCGAUCGGCCUGCGUAGAGCCCGCGAGUCCGGACGCGUUGCCUUGCGUCGCCUCGAUGGCGUCGAUGGGGUUGCGCAGAGCCCGCGAGUCCGGACGCGACGGUCGCAAUAACCACGCUCUUGUGCUCAAGACUGCCGCGGCGACUCGGAGGACCGCAACAUGAUCGCCGCGGCGCCUAUUCCGUGCAUCGAAUGUGGUGCGGGUUUUUCGGCUUGGUUUUCGGCGCGAGUACCUCUCUGAGCCGUCGACGCAGGCUAAAGGACGGCCGUAGACGAGUGAUAGAGGCGUUUUUAGAGCAGACGCUGUGUGAGCCAAAAACAGGCACUGUGAUCAGCCCGCCGUCGCUGUGCCCGUGCUCGUGCCAUGGCGAGCAAUUUACUGGGCACUCGCCAUGAGAGGCUCGUGUUGCAGUGUAGAUUCAAUCGCAAAGGAGAACGGAGGUUGCAAUCCCCUCUGUAAACGAGAGCAGAGACGUCAAGAUUAAAGUAAAUCGGGCACAAUUCGCGCGCCGCAAUUGCGCAAGGGCCCAUAGAGCUGUAUUUGGUUCUUCCAGGCCCGCUGGGCCGCUGGCCCAAAUCCGCGGCCCGGAUGGCCCAAAAAAACGAAGUCGUCCGACACCGCACCGCUAAAAGAAACACAAGAAACGGGGCGCCCGCCGGCACCGAUCGAGGCCUGCCGGCACCGAAUCGACGCAACGCCGUCACCGAAUCGACACCACACAGGUAUCCAAGCACGCUAGGCAUCGACUUCCGCAAGCUCGGCCCCGAAGCUUUAAGGACGUACGUGAACCGCUACCGCUUGGAUGCCGCCCCGGACGCGCCCGACAGCGAGCUAGCAAAAGUAGUAGCCAAGCACUUCGAGGCGACGCCCGUCGACGAGGAGGCCAUCGUGGCCCGGUUUUUCGAGCAUCUUGAUGACGUCGACGCGGCCAGGGCGGGCGAGAACGACACGGGCGUCGCGCGCGUCCACGAGCAGGUCGCGGCCAAGGUCAGUACGACGGACGAGAACGGGUCCUGGAUUCUAGCGAGCGUCGUGCGUUAUGACGCUACUUCCGACGCCUACGCGGUGCAGGACGAGGACGACCAGAAGAUCUUGGAGCUGCCGGCGUCGCGCAUCCGCAGACUGGGCGUUGCGGAUGACAACUUAGAUGAAUUGCAGAAGGGUGAGAGAGUGGUAGCAAUCUUCCCCGAGACGACGUCGUUCUACCGCGCGAUGGUCUCGAAGGCCCCCAAGCGCGGGCCGGGCGGUUCACCACCUAGGGAAGUCGUCCUGAAAUUCGAGGACGACGAGGACGACAGUGGAAGGACGCCUCAUAGAAGAGUGUCAUUGCGCUAUGUGUUGCGAGAGCGGCCCCAAGCCAAGGCGCCGCGGCCUCCCCCCAGACCGCGCCCGCCGCCGCAGCCCAAGAACACGGAGCCCCAGCCGGCCACGGCGGCCCUGCCGACGCCGCGGCCGCCCCAGGGCCAGGCCUGGGCCGACAAGGCAAGUGGAGGCGCCCCGGCCGACGCCGACGUCGCCGCGCGGCCCGGCGGCGCGACCUACUCCGACAUGAUCGCCCACGCCCUCAAGAAGCUGCCCGACGAGCACGGCGACUUCAAGGACAUCUGCAAGGUCAUCGAGCAGGACUUCUUCGAGCAGCUGAACUGGAAGCUCGAAAGUGAUUUGAGAAAGACGCCGGUCUGGAAGUCGUCCGUGCGCAAGAUCCUCUACUCGAACGCGCGCUUCCGCCACAACCUGCCCGCGGCCGACAAGAACAUCUUCACGUUCUCGGCCUACGCGUGAUCAACUGGGGGCUAAGCUUCUUUCUACACACC